AUGGACACAAUACUGGAGAAGUUAAAGAAGAACGUUUUUUCCGAAUUCGAUUUGCAAAAUGGUAUAAGAUUGGUCAUUAUCGUCGGGGGAUAUAUCCUUUUCAGAAACCUGGCCACUAGACAACUGUCAAAGAAACAACUGGAACAACAGGUACGUGAUGAUGAAAGAAGAAUAAGCGAGGAAAGAGUAGAAAAGUUGAUAGAGAAGCCUGAAGAUGAGCAAACUAGUUACGAAUUUGGCUGGGGUAAUAAGACUAGACACAGGGUGCAAAAGCAACGUGAUCUGUUUGAACAGGCUGUAGACAGAUUAAAACAAAACAGUCAGCAAAAUACCAAUGAUUCAGAUGAUGAUAUUGCUGAUUUGCUAGAAGAUUGA